AUGACUAGCUGGGUCGGACGCAAGAAGUCACCAAAAAUUGUCUUCAUUCUAACGGACGACCAAGACCUGCACAUGGACUCGCUGUCAUACAUGCCGUAUCUGAGGAAACACAUCGCAGAUAAAGGCACAACGUUUACCCGCCAUUAUUGCACCGUAGCUCUCUGCUGUCCUUCGAGAGUCAGUCUGUGGACCGGGAAGGCGGCACAUAAUACAAACGUCACCGACGUGAAUCCACCUUAUGGUAGGAGAGAGUCCUUCCCGCUCUGUUCGCUAGGAUUGUCCGUCUGACAACCACAGGUGGAUAUCCGAAGUUCAUAUCCCAAGGCUUCAACGAUGACUACUUUCCCAUCUGGAUGCAAUCGCUCGGCUAUGCGACCUACUACGUCGGCAAACUUUUCAACGCCCAAACAAUCGAUAACUACGCCUCGCCACCUGCAGCAGGCUGGACGGGGUCUGAGUUCCUGCUGGACCCUUACACUUACCGUUAUCUGAACGCGACUCUGACACGCAAUGGAGGGCCACCGGUUAGCUACGAAGGCCAGUACUCAACAGACCUAAUCGCGUAUAAGUCCUUCGGCUUCUUGGAAGACGCAUUAAAGCAAUCGCAACCGUUCUUCCUGACAAUUGCGCCCACAGCUCCGCACAGCAACGUCCAAAUUGGAGGCAACAUCGAUGGCAACUUCACAGAACACACCAAUGUUCAGACUCCUCCCAUCUCUGCCAAAAGACACGAACACCUCUUCAGAGACAUCACAGUCCCCCGAACACCGUCUUUCAACCCAGACACGCCCCAUGGCGUCUCUUGGAUCAGCAGAUUACCCAAACAAAACGGAACAAACAUUGCAUCAAACGACCAUUUCUACCGUCAGCGGCUCCGAUCUCUACAGGCCGUGGACGAAAUGAUCGACGAGCUGGUUCAGAGAUUGGAGAAGGCAGGCAUCCUCGAGGAGACGUACAUUUUCUUCUCCACGGAUAAUGGAUACCACAUUGGCCAACAUCGCCUGCAACCGGGGAAACAGUGCGCUUUUGAAGAAGAUAUCAAUAUCCCCUUCAUGGUCCGCGGCCCUGGGAUCGCGAAGAAUCGCACCACAGAUGUCGUGACAUCGCACAUUGAUCUCGUGCCAACUUUUCUGUCCCUUGCCGGUGGCUCCUCGGAUACUUCGCCGGAAAUCUGGCGUGGUUUCGACGGUGCCGUCAUCCCUCUGCACCACCUCACAGAAGAGCAGAAAGCAAUGAAACCGGAACAUGUCAACGUCGAAAUGUGGGGCGUCAUCCAGUCCGAAGGGAAAUACGGCGCGACUCUCUACCCGAAUCACACGUACAAAGCCCUCCGCAUCGUGGGAGAGAGCUAUAAUUUGUUGUACACCGUCUGGUGUUCUGGCGAACACGAACUGUACGAUCUCGUGCGAGAUCCUUACGAGACCACGAACAUCUAUGUCCGUAAUCACUCUCUUGCAGCCGUCGAAGUUGGCGGCAGACGCAGUGAGGGAUACCACAUCUCGGACCAGCAGCCUCUAGAUGCCCGGAUUCGUCCAGAACAGAUUGUCUCCCUCGACCGACUGAUCCCUCGCCUGGACGCCCUCAUCCAAGUCCUCCGAACCUGUAAAGGGAAACAGUGCACACAUCCCUGGACCUCCCUCCACCCCAACGAAAAAAUCUCAAUCCUACUAGAAGCCCUCGACUCAAGGUUCGACAGGUUCUACCAAGACCAGCAACGCGUCGAAUACGACAAGUGUGAAAAGGGUUACAUUCUAGCGAGCGAGGGUUCCAUUGGUGUGAGACCAUAUCUGGAGGGGAUAGGAGGAUGA